CUAAGCCGCCCGGGGCCACCUUGAGGCGGUGGGCGUCGGCGUGGCAGCUGGCGCGCCUUGGGUCGGGUGCGGGGCCGGUUUCCGUUGUCUUUCAGUUCCCGCAAGCAGAAGGCCCCAGCGAGAGCACCGCAGUACUGUGUGGGAGCCUGACUUCGCUCGGCGUUUCCUUAGCUUCCUAGCUGCGAGUGCCGGGCAGCCCCAGCUCCCUGCAGGGCCUGCUGCAGUCUCAUGAUGCCUUGUGUGUUUGAUGCCAGCCUUCCUAAUGCAACUGGGUGCAAACAGAACUGUGGGGGUGAAGGGCUGCUGGCUGCUUCAUGCCCUGUGCAGGGAUGGAAUCAGAAUCAUUAAGGUUGGAAAAGACCUCUAAGACCAUCUAGUCCAACCAUUAACCUGCCACCACCAUGCCUGCUCAACCACGUCCACCUGUGCCACAUCUCUGCAUUUCUUGAACACCUCCCUGAGUAGCCUAUUCCAGCAAUUUGUCACUCCUGAGAAUAAUUUUUUUCUAAUACCCAACCUGAACCAACCCUGGUGCAACUUGAAGCCAUUUCCUCUCAUUCUACUGCUGUUACGUGGGAGAAGAGGCCAACCCCUACCUCACCACAACCUUUCAGUGACUUGUAGAGAACAAUAACCUGAUUCUCCUGAUUCUCCUCUAGACUCAACAAUCCCAGCUCCUUCAUCUGCUCCCGUUAAGAAUUGUGCUUCAGAUCAUCCACUGGUUUCAUUGCUCUUCACUGGCUGUGCCCCAGGGCCUUGAUGUCUUUCUUGUAGUGAGGGGCCCAAAACUGAACACAGUACUUGAGUAUCAAGUAAUUCUUUGCCACCUGCACACACUGCUGGCUGAUGUUCACCUGGCUGUUAGCUAACAUCCUCAGAUCCUUUUACUCUGUGGUACUCAUGCAGCAAGAGAAAAGCUGAGUGGGUUCUGUAGCUAGUCCUCAACCAAGGAGAAAUCUAGUCCAUGGCUUUUCAUUUGAUAUAAAGUGCAUUAUCUCCCUUAUUUGUAUAAAGGGAGAAUGGAUGCCAGUAUACUCUGUUUUUUUCAAAGUCUCUGCCUGAGUUCUGGACAAAAGGAAUGUGUUUGAGGCCCAGCCCUGGUCCUUGUAGACAGAGAGCACACAUGGCUUUCUGACCCACAGCACUGAAAAACUGAGAGGCUCUUUCAGUUCAGCGGAUAGGAGGAAAGACACAAAGCCCUGCUAAGAAUUUUACGGAAGUUUCUCAGCAUUUUGAAACUCACAGAGGGAUUUGCGGUCUCAUUACAAUUGAGUUUUCCGGUGGCAUUUAGCUCAAUUAUGUCACCUUUCACAUCUCAAGAAGACAAUGUUCAAAAAGAGGGGCUGGCAAAGAGCUCAGGAAGGCCGAGGUCAUGCAAUGACUGAUGUCUGUGUCUGAUCCUCAGAGGAGCAAAGCACGGCAGAGGAGUGGUGGGCAGAUGACCUAGCCAAAAGCUUAUAUGAAACAUUCACAUUAGAAAGAUCCUUUCCAUGUGUUUUGGAGAGUCAACGGGAGCUCAGAAGGUCUGAGCAGGCAGAUGUGAGGCCAUGGGGUAGAGUGACAGCUGACAUGGCAAAGCCAGCCUGCUGCUAGAGGUUUUGUCCCUCCCAUGGUUGGAGCUGUCUCACCUCAUAGCCUUCAUGCCGGCACAGGGCACGGCCUUCCUUGUGGCACACAGGAUUCAACUCAAAAUGCUUAUGAUCCUUGUGAGGAUGCAAACACGCCUGUGGAUCAAUUAACAUGCCACAGGCAUGGUAUCAUAGGAAUGAGGCUGUUUAGCAGUGAAGCAGGAGAGGACAAUAAACUGAGAGAUUGUGUAUGUGUUCUUGUACUAACAGCACCAUUACAUUCGAUAAGAAGGUCUCCUUCUUUGUCCUCUGGUGAGUGUAUGGCCUGUAUGGCCUGUUCCUGAAGCAUAAACAAGAGAAGCAUAAAAUCAUUAAAGCAUAAAUCAUGCUCAGUGCACCAGUGUUACCUGUAACUGCACCCAUGUGAAUGUUUUGUGAUCAUUUUUCAAGGUUGUGGGGGAAAGUACAAACUCGUCUGUUUUCCAAAGAAAGUAAACUGUAAGCUCUGCUCUAGGUAGGUACCAUCUAACCUCUGCUCUAAGUAGAUACUAUCUAACCACCUCCAGUUCUUGCGGGAGACCAUAAGGCUUUGAAUCAGUGGCUGGUCCAUAGGACCACUUUGAACCAAAGGCAUGAUGGGAAACAUUGAGUCCAACCAACUUGAGUGAAGUUAGGCUGAAGGAGAAACUCCAAGGUGGAGGGUCAAAGUCUGGAGUUGCCUCUGUAGCAGAUUGUAUGAGGACAAUGCACUUUAGCUUUACUCAUGCUGCCAGAAAUGCAAUGUGCAGCCUCCCUUUAGAUACUGAAAGGCUGCUAUCAGGUCACCUUGGAGCCUUCUCCAGAUUGAACAGCCUCAGCUCUCUCAGCCUGUCCAUUAUAAGGAUGUGUUCCACUCCUUGGAUAAUUUCUGUAGUCCUCCUGUGGAUGUGCUCCAACAGGUCUCCUUCCUUGGGAGCUCAAUUACAAUGUAGAUGGAAGAAGCCUUGUUCAAGUCCAACCAUUUUGUUUGUUUUCAUGUUCUGCAACUGCACAGCUUGGACAACACCACCAGUUCAAUUUCAGCAGGCCCUGUAUCCCAGCAGCUCUUGCUAUCAAUUUUCUGGAUAUGGCGGAAAAAGAGCCCCGAUCUUGUUAGCACCGGAGCUAGGAAGUGGUGUUACCACAAGACAAUGUGUUCCCCUUGCCUUCUGGAAUACUGCGUACUACUGAGAAGAAUAGAGUUCUGUUGUUUUUACUCUGCAACUUACUCCAACAGGAGAAGCUGCUGGUGGAGCUCCCCAUGGCUCUCCCAUGUCCUCCUUGCAGAAGGUUUUGAGCGCAUUCUGCUGAUAAAAGGCAAAGGCAGCUCAAGCAUCUCAUCCGACGUGAGUUCAAGUACAGAUCACACGCCCACCAAAGCCCAGAAGAAUGCAGCUACCAGUGAAGAUUCCGACCUGAGCAUGCGGACUCUCAGCACUCCCAGUCCAGCACUGAUAUUCCCACCUACAUCUCCCGGUUUCCAGAAUGGUCGAGGCUCCUCUACUUCGUCAUCCUCAGUCACUGGGGAAACGGUGGCCAUGGUCCACUCUCCCCCUCCCACCCGCCUCACUCACCCCCUCAUCCGGCUGGCGGCCAAGCAGCAGAAGGAGCAGGCCCACGUCGACCGGCUGCCCGACCAAUCCAUGAUCCACAUCUUCUCCUUCCUGCCCACCAACCAGCUGUGCCGCUGCGCCCGCGUGUGCCGCCGCUGGUACAACCUCGCCUGGGACCCCCGGCUCUGGAGGACUAUACGCCUGACCGGCGAGACCAUCAAUGUGGACAGGGCUCUUAAAGUGCUGACGCGAAGGCUUUGUCAGGAUACACCCAACGUAUGUCUCAUGUUGGAGACGGUAAUUGUUAGUGGCUGCAGGCGGCUCACAGACAGAGGACUCUACACCAUUGCCCAGUGCUGUCCGGAACUGCGGCGGCUGGAGGUGUCUGGCUGUUACAAUAUCUCCAACGAGGCGGUCUUUGAUGUCGUGUCACUGUGUCCAAAUCUGGAACACCUGGAUGUGUCAGGCUGCUCCAAAGUAACAUGCAUCAGCUUGACUCGCGAAGCCUCCAUCAAGCUGUCUCCCUUACACGGCAAACAAAUCUCCAUCCGCUACCUGGACAUGACGGACUGCUUUGUCCUGGAGGACGAAGGACUGCACACUAUUGCCGCCCACUGCACUCAGCUGACCCACCUGUACCUGCGCCGCUGCGUCCGCAUCACCGACGAAGGUCUCCGCUACCUGAUGAUUUACUGCACGUCCAUUAAGGAACUGAGCGUGAGCGACUGUCGCUUUGUCAGUGACUUCGGCAUGCGAGAGAUAGCCAAGCUGGAGUCGCGCUUGCGAUACCUGAGCAUCGCCCACUGCGGCCGGAUCACAGAUGUGGGCAUCCGCUACAUAGCCAAAUACUGCAGCAAGCUGCGCUACCUCAAUGCGCGGGGCUGCGAGGGCAUCACGGACCACGGCGUGGAGUACCUCGCCAAAAAUUGCACAAAACUCAAAUCGCUAGAUAUUGGCAAGUGCCCUCUGGUCUCAGACACCGGCCUGGAGUUUCUAGCCCUCAACUGCUUCAACCUGAAGCGCCUCAGCCUGAAAUCGUGCGAGAGCAUCACUGGGCAGGGCCUCCAGAUUGUAGCUGCCAACUGUUUUGACCUGCAGAUGUUGAAUGUGCAGGACUGCGAUGUUUCUGUGGAUGCUCUGCGAUUUGUUAAACGACACUGCAAGCGCUGUAUUAUAGAGCACACCAACCCUGCCUUCUUCUGAAAGAACACCCUGCUGUUACAAUGCAGUAUUAAAAACACUGAUGUAUAAACACACGCUCCCAUAUUCAGUAAUGCUGUUUUUUUGUAGCUCACGGGAGUCAGCUUUUCUUGUAUGUCGUUGAUGAGGGAGCAUUUCUAGAGGACUAUUUUGUUUGCUUUGUGUAUGAUCACUUUUUUAAGGUGCGGUGGGUCUCCGUUGAGAACCUGCCUUAAUGCACGACCAGUGAGUGCUCAGCAUCCCUAGCGGUGUGCCAUUUCCGUAACAGCCAUGAUCGUGUCCCAAGCUAACGUAGCUACCUCCAAAGGAAAUAGCACAUAAUCCCUCCUUUGGAAAGGCUGCUAAGCUGUGUCAAACACAUCUGAAUUCCAGCUGUGCUCUUAAAGCUGACUAUGCAAUAUGUGUCUCUGUUCUCCAACUUCUCCAAUAUGGCUGAUAAAGCAUCCCCUUAUCUCCAAGUAGUUUUUCCUCGGUAGUCAUUCAUUGUAAUCCCUCAGGAAAUACUGGGAGGUGUUUUUAAAUAUACUUCACUGAGGCAGAAGACCUGCUGGCCUUUGCUGAGCACUCUGCUGCACGAGCCUGGAGAUUGUGCUGAAGCAUGGUUUCUCGUGGAAAGCUCUUUUCCAGGUCACUUAUGUAUCAUCACUACUUGCCUUCGGUUCUAAAUCUGCCCUUACCUGCAUCUGUAGUAGCAGCUCCUGGGCCUGAUAAGCAGUGACAUUUUCACUUGAGUGAAGGAAAACAGAUGGGAUAUUGGUAGCCUUGCAAAGGGAGAAGCCAGCAAUCCAAGAGGCUAUUACCAUUCUGCAACAAGCUGAGUACACUGUGUACUGAGCACUGCAGAACACUGGGGCCCCUGUGAUGCUGAGGAAUGGCUGACACAGACAGUGCCCAUUGCUGCACUGUACUGCUGUCACCAGAAGGCCUGUCUGCUCCUUCAUGGUGCCUCUUCAGCAGCCGUGACACUGCUGCAGCUGCCUCUCUCUGCACAACCCAGGCACAUGUGUUGUGGUGUAUUCAGUAUGUGCCUUAGUACAUGUAGAAACCUCACCCCUUGCUGUGGCCCUCCAGUUUAACAGGUAGAUGGCUGAUCUCAGGUCUUCAAAGAGGUUAGCUUGUUGUUAGGUGACAUCCUGGGAGAGAGAGGGGCUUAGAAUGUUAUUCACGUCAGAGUCUUGUGUUCCCAAAGGCUGGAUAGAUGGCUGCCAAUUACUACACUAACAUUGCCCUGUGACACUGCAAGCCCACUGUACUCUCGUGAUCACUCUUGCUCAUGCAAGAGCAAGCAGGGCUUGGAGUUUCCCCUCUGCUGCCUCUCUUCUCAGAGCACACAGUCAUUUUGUGGUUCCUUUCUUCACUGUUUUCUGGCAGCCGUUUCUCUUCAGUUUCGCAUUUACUGCUCAGAUUGGAAGCCAAAGAUGUGAGGGGGUGAUGAUAUUUUCAGGCAGGCCCCCUGUGCAUGACUGACAGGUGAAUUCAUACAGUCAGCAUUGUGAAUUUAUACAUUCAUCUCAAAUGCUAUAAAUGUCUUGGUAAAGAACAUAAGAAGGGAAGCACCGUGUCUGGUUUUCAUAAGCAGUAGUUCCAUCAUCUCCAGACAACACUCAUAAAAUCAUUGAUAUGAAGCGAAAAUCCACAUGCUCACGAAAAAUACAUAAUUGCUGAGGAAAUACUUGCAGCAGUGCUCUCUCAGAUUACAAAAAAGCAAUGCUUUGGGCACGUCCCUGCAGAGGGAACUUGUCCUGCUUGUGCAAAAAGUCCUGUAACGUACGUAUGUUCCUCCAGUUUGGAGUUUCCUAACUUCUGGUAUGUCACCACCUGUGAAUUACAAAUGCGAUUGUACUGAAGCAAGGAGGGCCAAGGAACAUGAAUUUGUUAUUGCUACUGUUACUGGUCAGCGGGUAGCAGAGAGUAAUCCCAUCCUUUGACCAGUUAACAUCACUUUAGUUUUCCUUUCUGUGUUUUUAAAAUUAGAGAUUCUUUUCCAGCCAGUAUUACAGCGUAUUUUAUCCGAGCCAGCUAUACUCUCUGUUUAUCCUUUAUCUGAAAACGGCCCCAAGAACAGUUAAAUGUUGAGCCCAUUUCUGAAGAUGGUGGGAUUUAGAGCCAUUUGCACUCAUGAAAUAUAAGGCCUCAUUAGUAACGUUUAACUGUUUAUUAGGAAAAAAAAUCUACUUUUCUGGCUAAGCUAAAUUGAGUGAAUAGUGCUACAUGGUUUUUAAGGUUUCUGAUGUUUAAAUUGGCCUGUACUGUACAAAUCUCACUAUAAAGCCUUAAUUUGCUACCAAGAAAUAAAGCAAUAUAUUGGUAA